AUGGAUCACAGUGACAGACACAGGGAUCACAGGGACAUAAGGACACAGGGACAGACACAGGGACACAGGGAUCACAGGGACAUAAGGACACAGGGACACAAGGACAGACACAGGGAUCACAGGGACAGACACAGGGACACAAGGACACAGGGACACAGGGAUCACAGGGACAGACACAGGGAUCACAGGGACAUAAGGACACAGGGACGCAGGGAUCACAGGGACAGACACAGGGACAUAAGGACACAGGGACACAAGGAUCACAGGGACAUAAGGACACAGGGACAGACACAGGGAUCACAGGGACAUAAGGACACAGGGACAGACACAGGGACACAAGGACACAGGGACACAGGGAUAACAGGGACAGACACGGGGAUCACAGGGACAUAA